GAUUAUUCGAUUUGUUGUUGAAGAUCUCAACUUUGUUAAAUUUACAAUUUCGCCUGUUCGAUUGAAUAUGGUGGAUACGAUUGUUCCCGGAGACAUGGCUUGUUUGGAUGUAGAUUUGUUGCAGCUUCAAGAAAUGUCUUCCUUUGUUCUAAAUUCAAAACCUGGAUUCACUCAAAAACUCUUCGACCAGUGGCUUUCUCUUCCUGAAUCCCAUCGACAGAUUGGAACAUUGCUUAAGGAUGCUAUAGCUGGAGCUCCUAUAAAUGUUACUGGAAGUGCAUCGGGUUCUAAUUCUGCCACUAUACCAUCUAUGUUUCCUGCGGGAAGUGCUCCUCCGCUUUCGCCAAGGAGUUGUGGUUCACCGCGUACAACCAAACAGAGAGCCCCUUCUAACUUAGGUUCUACUCUCAAAGUUGUCAACGAGCCUGUUAAAGAGCCAAUACCUCAGUUUUAUUUCCAAAAUGGUCGCCCACCACCAAGCGAGAUAAAGGAGCAAUGUAUGUUUAGAAUCAAUCACUUCUUUUAUGGUCACAUGGAUGGGUUACAGAUACAAGAAUUCAAAUUAGUCACCAGAGAAAUCUGCAAGCUCCCAUCUUUCUUCUCCACUUCACUUUUCCAGAAGAUCGAUGUCAAUAAUACAGGUUUUGUUACUAGAGAAGCAUUUAUUGAUUAUUGGGUAAAUGGGAACAUGUUGAUAAUGGAUACAACAACCCAAAUCUUCAAGAUUUUAAAGCAGCAAAAUCAGAAUUUCAUUGUUAAGGAUGAUUUCAAACCACUACUUAAAGAACUGUUGGCGACGCAUCCUGGGCUAGAGUUCCUGCACAGCACACCUGAAUUCCAAGAAAGAUAUGCUGAAACAGUCACCUACAGAAUAUUUUACUACAUAAAUAGAUCUGGGAAUGGUCGACUUACAUUUAGGGAGCUCAGACGGGGAAACUUAAUUGAUGCAAUGCUACAUGCUGACGAAGAAGAAGAUAUCAACAAAGUGUUGAGAUACUUCUCAUAUGAGCAUUUCUAUGUCAUAUACUGCAAGUUCUGGGAGCUGGAUACGGAUCACGAUUUCCUGAUUGACAAAGAAAAUCUUAUGAGAUAUGGAAACCAUGCUCUUACCUACCGGAUUGUUGACAGAAUAUUCUCGCAGGUUGCUAGGAAGUUCACUAGCAAAAUUGAAGGGAAGAUGGGGUAUGAGGACUUUGUCUAUUUCAUACUUGCGGAAGAAGAUAAAUCAUCAGAGCCUAGCCUAGAGUAUUGGUUUAAGUGCAUAGACUUGGAUGCAAAUGGGAUUAUUACCCGAAAUGAGAUGCAAUUCUUUUAUGAAGAACAGUUGCAUCGAAUGGAGUGCAUGGCCCAAGAGGCGGUUCUUUUUGAAGAUAUCUUAUGUCAGAUGAUUGAUAUGAUCGGACCAGAGAACGAAAGCCAUAUAACGCUGCAUGACCUGAAAGGCUCAAAGCUCUCUGGAAACGUCUUCAACAUCCUUUUUAAUCUAAACAAAUUUAUGGCAUUUGAAACACGGGAUCCGUUCCUCAUUCGUCAGGAGCGUGAGAACCCUACAUUGACAGACUGGGACCGUUUUGCACAUAGAGAGUAUAUUAGGCUUUCAAUGGAAGAAGAUGUUGAAGAUGCAUCCAAUGGAAGUGCUGAGGUUUGGGAUGAGUCAUCACUGGAGGCUCCCUUCUGAGUUCAUUAAGCUAUUUAAUACAGUAUAUUUAUUGAUAAUCUUCUUCACAUGUAUUGCAUUCACUUUGCUCUGAUGUUUCUAUCUCUGGGUUUUUGUAUGUACUUUGUAGCUGUGUUACUUCAUCAUCUCCAGAUGUUGAGAAUUGUGAAAAUCAAUGCUAUAGUUCCUUUUACUUUUGGUUGGUUCCUGAAUAAACAGGAUGUCACUUA